AUGAUUUGGAUGAUCCACAAGUUCCGCGACCUUCCACUUGUUUCCAAGGUUCAAAUUCUUAAGAUGCUCGUUGACGAGGAUCCGGAUUACGUCGAUGUCGUCAACUGGGUCAUGGAUCGAUUCGCACAAGGCGAUAUUACAAAAAUUGUUGUUCAAGCGGCUUCGAUCAUUAGCACGAUUCAUCGCAUCGUAUUCGUCAUGAAGAAGCCAAAGGAAUCGGUUGCUCUUGAGUGGGACAUGUUCUUCGAGGAGGAUCACUCGGAGACUGUUGAGGGAUUGACUGAAGUGUUUCUGUUUGAGCGUCUCAUCGGUCAAAUCAGCGCCAAGACACUCAAACUCGACGUUCAUCUUUACACUGCGUUGGCCCCCAAAAGACUCAAUGAAAGCCUCAUCACUAAAGGCAGCGCUACAACAUACAUUAUCAAUCUCAGUGAGGCUGAAUUUUACAAUAUCGUCGCAAUGAUUCCAAUCAAAAAAUAUAAGGUUUCAAAGAAGAACGAUGGAAUCAUCGUUGGCUCGGAGCAGGUAUUUGUUCGAUUACCAAACUGGACAGAUGUCGAUGCCAUGGAGAAAAUGUCAAUUUUGGGGGUCGACGUCUCGAUUACCUCUUUCAUCGGAAAUCAUGUCAUCUCCGGCAAAAAUGUUGCCAAUAAUGCCUUCAUCAUUCCUACUGCCAUUUUCACAGAAAAUAGAGCCGUCUCGACAAUCAAUGCCGUCAGUGGCUUCAACUCGCGCAUGCUCAACAAGGCAGACUUGGUCAAUGAGCUUCAUUUGGAAUAG